AUGUGGUACUCGGAGGUCACGACCCAGGAAACCCCUGCCUAAUUGCACCGAGAAUUGCCAUUUUCGUGAGGAUCAAAGGGUGCCUAGCGGACACUUAAGGGUUAAGUUGGAAAGGUUGACGUCUACAAACCUCGGCUAGAAGCUUUUCGGGGUUGCUUGUGUCGGCGAGAAGGGCAAACAGGGUUAUGGCGAGGCCGUCGCGUGCUGCGUAGUAAACACGCUCUUUCAGCGACUCGGACACGCCGUCUUCCAUUGUGUCCGCUCGAAGACAGCUCCCGGACGACUAGUGCAUCACAGAGAGAUCGCCACGGUUCUAAUCUACCCUUAAAGACCGUCGCGGAGUGGAUGAUUAACAGGAAAGUUGCGUUGGUCUGCAGAUCCCUUUUUUUUAGUUCAGCCUCAGCGGGCUCAGUAUUCAGCUGCUUUUUAUUUUGCUGCCGGUGCUGCCCUCUCUUGGCCCUACCUGCAUCUGCAAGCUAGAGAAUUACCGGUUUAGAUUUUGAAGUGGAAAAUUGUGGGAAAAAAACAAAAUUUAAACGUUUUUAAGUGACUUUCUUCUAAUAAAAAAUUUAAUUGACAAAUUUACUGUAAAAUUAUCAAUUAUUUUACAGUUUAAAAACUAGUUGUUGUAAAAAAAGGACAUCAAUUUUUUUAAAUAAUUUUAAGAUUUUGCUGAGAAAUACCGAUAUUUCUAGGUUCAUAUUAUUAUUUUGUUAUACAGUUUCUUCGUUAUUCGUUAAAAAAUAUUGAAUUAGAUUUUCCGUGCAAUGCAAACUGAUUGCUUUUAUAGUAGUACUUAAAGAACAAAAAUAUACAAAUUCAUCUGAAAAAGAAAUCGUUUUUAUAAAAACCGGUAGCCGUUAGCUUUUUACAAAAGAAAUCGACUUAUUUGAUCAGCGAUCAGCUGGCAAUGUAAACAAAACAAAAUCGCAUGACAUGACGAGUCACGUUUAACAUCGCUAACAUCUUCUACGAUUUGCGAAAUGUUCUAAGCCAUGCUGUCGAGUCUCAUCAAGAAGUCGAGGUCGAUCAUAGGCCUGGGAGAGAAAAAUGCAGCUGUCGAUGGCUUUGUUGAGGUUUGCUCUGCUGACAAGGCGGACGUUGCCACUGAGAGCUUCAUGGAUGCUGAUGCCUUGAAGCUCAAACUUGAGGAGUUCAAGGAAAUUGUCUACGAGAGUAUAAGGACAAUCAAAGAUCCGGAGAAACCAUCAACUUUGGAGGAUCUCAAUGUUGUUUAUGAGGAUGGUGUCCAAGUUUUCAGCAUGGAAAACAGUGACACAAUUUUGGUCAAGGUUGAGUUCAACCCUACUGUUCCUCACUGCUCUCUUGCUACCCUAAUUGGCCUCUGCAUUAGAGCAAAGUUGCUCAAAAGUAUAGUCGAUCCUUUUAAACUUGAUAUUAAAAUUAAGGAAGGUGCACACAACACAGAGCAAGAAAUAAAUAGACAAAUCAAUGACAAAGAGCGAAUAGCGGCUGCCAUGGAAAAUCCAAACCUGAGAACGAUGGUGGAACAAUGUGUUGAAGAACCAGAUUAGUUAUAUUAAUAUUUUUUAAAUAAAAAUUUAUUAACGUUUGGUUUUUUUUUAAAUUGACCAUUAAAGUGAUAGUUUAUAUUUGUGAAUAGAAUUUUAUCUUGUGAAGUUCAUUGACCUGAAAAUUUAAUAAAAAUGUCUGACAGCUGA